ACCGACUUCGAGACACAGAAAGAUGGCGGCCAUGCCCAAGCCCGCGACGGGCGGCUCAAAAGCCACCGUGUUGCUUGGAUCGCAAUGGGGAGACGAAGGAAAAGGCAAGCUGGCCGACAUCCUGAGCGGUGACAUGGAUGUCUGCGCUCGAUGCGCUGGAGGAAAUAACGCUGGACACACUAUCGUGGUCAACAUGGGUCCGGAAAAGGUGAAAACCAAGUUCGAUUUCCACCUCUUGCCCUCUGGCCUCGUCAAUCCUCGCUGUGCAGGUUUCAUCGGUUCGGGCGUUGUCGUUCACGUCCCCUCCUUCUUCGCCGAACUCGACACGCUGCAGAAGAAAGGCCUCAACUGCGACGGUCGUUUGUUCAUUUCUGACCGAGCUCAUCUUGUCUUUGACUUUCAUCAAGUCGUCGACGGCCUCAAGGAAGUCGAGCUGGGCGGAAGCAGCAUCGGCACGACUAAGAAGGGCAUCGGCCCAGCCUAUUCGUCCAAGGCCUCGCGCUCAGGUCUGCGCGUGCAUCACCUCUACGACAGCGAGCUUUUUGCCAACAAGUUCCGCAAGCUCGUUGAAGGUCGUUUCAAGCGUUAUGGCCACUUUGAGUACGACACCGAGGGAGAGAUUGCCCGUUACAAGGCCUUUGCGGAGCGACUGCGCCCUUACAUUGUUGAUGGAGUCACUUUCAUCCACACUGCUUUGGCCUCUGGCCGCAAGGUUCUCGUCGAGGGCGCAAACGCCUUGAUGCUCGAUCUUGACUUCGGAACGUAUCCGUUCGUCACCAGUUCCUCGACGAGCAUCGGCGGCGUGUGCACCGGUCUUGGCAUCCCGCCCACGGCCAUUGGCGAUGUCAUUGGCGUCGCAAAAGCCUACACGACGCGAGUCGGCGGCGGACCUUUCCCCACCGAAUUAGUCGAUGAUAUCGGCGUGCACAUGCAAGAAGUCGGCGCCGAGUACGGUGUGACGACGGGUCGGAGAAGAAGAUGCGGCUGGCUGGACCUUGUCGUUCUCCGCUACUCGUGCCUGAUCAACGGCUACACGAGCCUUAAUUUGACCAAGCUCGACGUCCUGGACAACCUCAAGGAGAUCAAGGUGGCCACGAGCUAUCUGAGCAACGGCAAGGAGCUGACCAGCUUCCCCGCCGACCUAGAGGUACUUGCCAAGGUUGAGGUGCAGUACACAACGCUGCCCGGCUGGCAGGGCGACAUUGCCUCGGUCACGUCUUUCGACGAGCUGCCAGAAACGUGCCGAAAAUACGUCGAGUUCAUCGAACAGUUCCUCAAUGUCCCCAUCAAGUGGAUCGGCGUCGGACCGGGAAGAGAAGCCAUGAUCAAGCACUAAGAAGCUCGUCUGUGUUGUUGUCUUGACGUACUAAGUAAUAGAAUCACAAAUCUCGAAGCAUCCCUUUUUUCUUUUCUUUGCCAUUCAUUUCACCAGGAGUGGAAGAAGGAAAU